AUGGCCAACUACCUCGUCAUAGUAUGGCACUCCUACACCGCCUUGCAGCGGAAAAACAUUGCGAUCUGUGAUUUGGAUAUUCUGGGUAUCAUGUUCUACAAGCUUGGUCUUGAGUUCUUCAACGUAGGAUCUAUCACGACUCUCGCUACGGACCGCUUCAACUCGGAGCAGGCCUUCACCAAGCUGGGCGCGGCGCAAGGUCUCAACCAGGCUAUGCAAUGUGUCGGUGCUAUCCUGAUCGCUCCCCUUGCGGCCCGCUUCCCCACUCGCUCGGUCCUCGCCAUCGCCGUGAUCGUCUUUGGGCUCAUGACCACCAUCCUCCUCAUUGUCGAUGCCGCUACUGGCGGAUCAAUCAGGCGACCAGGCGGGCCCGUCACUUACGGUAAUUGGAACCCCAACGCCAUCUUCCCCAUCUGGGGAUUGGCCGGAAUCGCCUACGGAAUGGUGGAACUCAUCCGCCGAGUCAUUCCAGCCGAUAUCUGCGGCGGAAACGUCAACCGCUUGCGUAGAAUGGACGCCAUGACUCAUAUUCUCUAUGAGGUUGCCGGUACUUCAGGCGCCUUCGCGUCCGCCGCCGCCAUCACCCGCUUCGGAAACAACUACUCUUUCCUCAUGUCCCCCAUCUUCUUCGCCAUCGCAGGCGCCAUCUGGUUCUUCAUCGUCCCCACCCGCAAGAUCCCCACCGAAGGGCAAGGCCAGAACGACGCCGCCCUUUCCGCCGUCGAGAGCAAGCGGUCCAAGCGGAACUACUUUGUCCAGCUCGGUUACGGUGUCGUCCUCUUUGGCAAGUCGAUCUGGGUCGGCGCCAAGAUCAUCUUUGGCUCGCGCAAGUUCGUCUGGCUCUUCCCGUGCUACGCUAUCGCCCUGUACCUGCAUCGGUUCCUCGAGGCCUCCCUUGCGCCGGCCUUUGCUCGGCGAAUCCUCAACACCUCGGCUUGGUCCCAGAUCAUGGUCGGUGGUUCCAACUUUGGUGAACUCCUCGGUGCCCUUACCGUCUUCCUCCUCUCAGACAUGGUCCCCACGCCCAUCCCUUGGAUCCGUCUUGACGCUCUGGCUCUGAACCUUGUCUGGGUUCUGCCCCGCUUCUCUCAGCUCGCAGCGCAGUACGAGGUCCGCUGGGCAUGGUUCAUCGCGGCUAUCUACAUCCCAAUCUCGUUCGGCUGGGCCGCCGGAGAUGUCUCCCUUGCCGCCUACAUCCAGUCGACCCUGUCCGACAUGGACCUCCCCGACUCGGGCGUCUCGCCUCUCGGAGCAGUCAUGGGCUUCCUCUUCUCCUCCUACGUCAUCCUCAACGCCAUCCUCUCCUCGGUCCUCGGGUCAGUCAUCGACCAGGACUGGACCCAACGCCGGACCAUCUACAAUGCCCUCACCCAGGUCGGCGGGAUCCAGUUCACUGUCGGUUGCGUCAUCAUUGGCGCGGCUACCUUUAUUCCCAAGGGCGCUCUCGCACUCAACCCCAAGCCCGUCGGUCACCUCGAGACCUUUGACGAUGUGGAUGGGGAGCAUGCCCUCAACGGCGCGGUGCUGGAGCAAGGAGGAAGCUUCAAGCCCGAGGACAUCACGAAGCACAAGCAGGAGGAUGAGGGCGUGUACAAGCAGCAGAACGCGGUCUGA